AAAUAAAAGCGAGAGUCGAAAAUGAACAACAAAACGGAUACCGCGUUUCGUUAAAUGUCAGCAUGUAAAGUGUAGAAUACUCGGCAGCUAAACAAUUAUUGCCAUUUUUUUUUUAUUUUUUUUGCGCUACACAUUUCUGCUUCCGGUCAAGACUUCCUGCACGAGCGGCGCGAUUGUUUGUCUCCAGCAAGUCAAGAGUUGAGUUGAAAAGAGGGUAGAAGACCGAGAAGAUGAUGGAGUUCAGCGACAGUGUCCUCAUAGACCGCUCAGACGAAGCUAAUGUUGAGAGCGAUAAAGAAUCCCAAAGAUUGGCGAGCCUCCAUUGCAAACAGUGCAACACUGUGCUCGCAGACUCCUUCUCCGUGUGCGGAGAAAUCAAAUGUCUGGACGCCAUCGCUUUUCUCCGAGUCAGCGAUGACGUGAUAGUUAGCAGCGCGAUGGAGUGUGGAGAUAAAGGAGACAUUGCUGACUGCAUCUUCAGCAGCGUGAGGUGCCGCGAGUGUGGCAUGAUGGCGGGUAAAGUCCUCCACGCCGCUCCCCCGCACCUGGCUGAUCUGCGCUCCUUGUUCCUGCUCCAUAAGGCCAAGCUGCGAUGUUACGUGCUGGACAGCAGCGCCAUGGUGGAGGCCUCGUCGGUCUCCUUUGAUGUGGUGCCCCUGGGGGAGGACCUCCACAAGUUGAGGGCGGAGUUUGAGUCUCUCUCUGAUCAGAUGACUCAAGUACAAGCUACCCGACGAAAGGCAGAAAAAUCAGCCACCAGUGAAAAGAGCAGCAACUAUUUUCACUAGCUAACAUGGCAUUUUAACAUCAUGCUAGGUUAACAUAUCCGCUGACGAGGAACUACACGACCAAACUUGCAUCUUCUAAGUUUGAAGCCGACUGUUUAUGCACCCGCCCCCUUUUUUGGGGCAGGAGGGUUACCUGUCAGACAUCUUAUAAGGAGAGUUUUUCCUUCAUGACUCAAAAAGCAAGUGUUUGAGCACCUCUUCUCUUAAAGGUGGAGUAAAGAAGUGAGAGGGAUGAUAUAUAUUUGUAUGAUAUUACUGUGAGAACAUCAUUAAAGAAAGUCACUUUUGCACAUUUUUGAA